UAAUAAUUAGUGCUGUACGUACUCCAAUGGGUUCAUUUCUUGGGUCUCUGUCAAGCAUGUCAGCUACUAAACUUGGUGCAGUAGUUGCGCAAGCAGCUGUUGAAAGAGCUGGUAUUGCCAAAGAUCAAAUUAAAGAAAUUUAUAUGGGCAAUGUCUGUCAAGCUUUCUUGGGUCAAGCACCAGCAAGACAAGUUGCAUUAUUCGCAGGUUUUCCAAAAUCAACAAUAUGUACAACAGUGAACAAAGUCUGCGCAAGUGGCAUGAAAAGUAUCAUGUUGGCUUCUCAAUCUCUGCAAUGUGGUCAUCAAGAAAUUAUUUUAGCUGGUGGUAUGGAAUCCAUGUCUAAUGUACCAUAUUAUUUAGCACGUGGUAACACGCCAUAUGGUGAAGUAAAACUUCAGGAUGGUAUUGUAUUCGAUGGAUUAACUGAUGUCUAUAAUAAUUGUCACAUGGGUAUAUGUGCCGAAAUCACGGCUAAGAAACUUAACAUUACUCGCCAGCAACAAGAUGAAUAUGCUAUCAGCAGUUAUAAACGUAGUGCAAUGGCUUAUGAAAAUAAUGUAUAUAAAGAUGAACUUGUACCCAUCAGUGUGCCUCAAAAAAAGGGCAAAACAGAUAUAAAUUUCACUGAGGAUGAGGAAUAUAAAAGAGUCAAUUUUGAAAAGUUUAGCAAAUUGAGCACAGUUUUCCAAAAAGAAAAUGGUACGGUGACAGCUGGAAAUGCAUCCACUCUGAAUGAUGGUGCUGCGGCUUUAAUUUUGACGACUACCGAUGUUGCUCAAAAACUUAAUCUUAAACCUUUGGCAAGAGUUGUUGCUUUUCAGGAUGCAGCAACAGAUCCGGUCGAUUUUCCAAUCGCACCGGCUCUUGCUGUACCAACACUGCUUUUUAAAGCUGGAGUUAAUAAAAACGAUAUAGCUCUUUGGGAAAUCAAUGAAGCCUUCAGCGUAGUGGUUGUGGCAAAUCAAAAAAUGCUCGAUAUUGAUCCUGCAAAAAUAAAUGUUCACGGUGGUGCUGUUUCGCUUGGACAUCCCAUAGGCAUGUCAGGAGCACGUAUCAUAGUACACUUAGUACACGCUCUUAAAGCUGGAGAAAAAGGUGUUGCAUCAAUUUGCAAUGGAGGUGGCGGUGCAUCAUCAAUCCUCAUUGAAAAAUUGUAAGUUUUCAAAUCAUCAAGACUGUUAUUUCAAUUUGCAUGAACCGGAAUAUAUGUUUAUCAUUGAUAAUAUGAAUUAUAUAUAAAAAGUGAUUAUUUUUUAUACUAUAAAACUGUAUGCGAUAUUCCAAAUAGCUGGAUAGCUUUAUAGUUUUUAUUAUUUGUAUAAAUAAGAUUAUUAUUGUA